AUGAGUCUGAGUUUCCAGGUCAAAGCUAUCGAAAUUAACGGAUACCCUUAUCGAAUUGUUCUUCAGAGCGACAACGGGCCAUGUGCUCUAAUUGCACUCUGCAAUGUGCUACUGUUGUCGCCCCAGUACGCGAGGUACGUAGGGGCGCUUUCGCGGCUGGUGGAGACGCGUACGGACGUGGGGCUCGACGAGCUGAUAACAACGCUCGCCAACAUCGGGAUGCAGAUGCCGCGCGGAGCGCAGUCGGACGUCAACAGGCUUCUGGAGCUGCUGCCCCAGCUGCACACCGGACUCACUAUUAAUCCAGUGUUCAACGGGUCGUUCGAGGACGGCGACGAGAUGGCGCUGUUCCGCCUGUUCAACGUCAGUAUUGUUCACGGAUGGGUUGCGGACUACGCGGAGGACAGAGGGCAGUACGAGCACGUCUCGAAGUACUCAUAUGAGGGUGCGCAGCGCGCGCUAAUCGACGCUUACGAUAUCCAGCACGGAUCCGAGCCCGCGGGUGCGGCCGGUCGUGACUAUGACGCGCAAGCUCUUCUAGAGGACGCGACGUACAUCAAGUCUUUCCUAGCGCGGUCGGCAACACAGCUUACGGACUAUGGUCUGCACCACCUCAGAGAGCUUCUUCUGGAGAACUCCUACGCCGUGCUGUUCCGCAAUGACCAUUUUUCGACCAUCAUCAAGCACAACAACGAACUGUACGCGCUUGUAACCGACCUGGGGUUCAAAGACGACGAGGACAUUGUUUGGCAGUCCCUCAAGUCCGUAAACGGGUCCCAGGACACGUUCUACUCGGGCAGGUUCAUCCCGUCGACCUUGCAGAAAUCAAACACUGAGGUCACCUCCGCAACGAGCGGAUCGCGUGCGCGCAAUCCUUUUCUGGACCCGACGAACUCCCGCGCAGACGCACAGGCAAGCAGUGGGCCCAACACGAUGACUGACGAGCAGUAUGCCCGCCAGCUGCAAGAACAGGAGGACGCACGCGUGGCCAGGAGCUACAACAGGCAAUACAACGCUGCGCGUAGCCAAAGGAGAACUACGCAAGACUCUGCUGAUGGUGGCAGUAGGCCCGGCAAGAAAUCGUCGUCGAUGCGGAAGCGCGACAAACUGAAAAAAAAGUGCAUUAUAAUGUAA